GCGGACUUUCAUAGUAUAUGGACAAAAAAGAUUUGAUUUCUCUAAAGUGUUCUUUAUACAAUUAGUUCAGUCAAAAGAGAAUUAGAUAUUUGUACAAACUUUAAGGUAAAAGAAGUAUUACGAAAUUGAUAUAUGGAUAUACAAGCUUAUUCUAGGGGACGGACUCUCUACUAAAUGAUGUUGAUGUUAUUUCUAACAUACAAAGCAUCCGGACCCGACGACAUAAGUCAUCGUAUGUUAAAAGAGAGACAGCAUCCUCAGAUAUUUUAUAGAUAGAAGAGGCUUUCCAGAUGUUUCAAUUAUUCAGCAAAACUGGGUAAAAUAUUCUUUAAACAGAAGUUUGUUUCCAAACAAUGAUGACACUAUUUUGAAGAAGGCGAAAUUCAUUUAAGGCUACCUUUCUUGUAUCAGAAAUAUACUGUGUGUUUAAACUGAGGUCAAGUGUAUUUGAAAUUAUGGGAACAUUAUUCUCUUCGCUGAAAAAACGAAAUGAAGAAAACUAUGUCACUAAAAGAAAGAGCCCUCACUUGUCAAGUAGUACGAUAUUAGGUAGAAGUGUAAAAGAAAUAGAUAUGUCAGUGGCGCAAAGAAGAAUAUUAGUUUUUCAAAAUGCUGUUCCUGAUUCAACAGCUUACACGAUUACAAUAGCUUUAAGCAAUGAUACAAAUAUAGAACCAGAACCUAUUUUGAAAGAACUGGUAAGACGUCACCCAAUACUGUUGGCAUCUUAUAACCCUACAAGGAACGUUUUAUCGAUUGCCAUAGAAAAUAUAUCUACUGUUAUAAGUCCAUUUGUAACAGUAAACAGUACAUCCGAAUUGAAAAAGUAUAUAGAUGAAACUAUACCAGCAUUUAAUAUGACAGACGGAGUGCUGUCACAAAUGAAAGUCAUCGCUUGUGGAAAGACAAAAAUGUUUGUCAUUCACGUGCAUCAUAUAAUUGCUGAUGAAGUUACAGUUCAAAAUAUGAAAACUACUUUAGAACAGUUACUUCAGAACCCGCCAUCUAAUGUUCAGUUUGAUACAGAAGAUCUGUUUUUAUGUUCCACGGCAACUGAGUCUGAAAAAGAGUAUAUCUUGUCAGAAGAUUUUGCAGCCGACAAAUUGUUCUGGGAAAAGGAAUUUGAGGAUUGCCCAGAUUCGUCGUCUUUAAGUUUCAGACACAUUUCUGAUAUAAGCGACUUCGAAGCUCAUACAGCAAAUACAGUCCUUUCUUUUUUAUCUGAUAGCAGUCAACAAAUACUUGAAAGGUUCCUUAAAUUACAUGGACUAACAAAAUUUCAGGUCUUCUUGGCAUUGUUUGUCUUAGUUCUUCAACGGUAUCUUGGAAGUCCAGACGUUUUAGUUGCGAUACCAGUAUCAACUCGUGAUGCUCAAACUACGACAGUUGAUGGUCUGUUUGUGAACAUGGUCUUAUUUAGGUAUACAAUUAACCUGAAUGAUUCGUUUGAAGAACAUGUUUUAAAUGUUGCCCGAAGAUGGUUGACAGUUUUUAAACAUUCUAGAUACCCACUGGAAAAGGUGAGUGAAAUGAUCUGGUGCAAAAAUGGCAAAAACCUCGAAUGUUUAUGCAGAGUUAUGUUCAUUUAUAAAGCGUUUAGUUCUGACAAAGAAGAAAUGAGAAUACACGCGAAACAUGCAAAAACGGAGUUUCUUAUUGAAAUCUCAGACGAAAUAGAAGGUGGCAAAAUACAUUGUGAAUAUGCAGAAAAACUGAUAGACCAAGGAAUAUCAAAACGUCUCGUUCAAACUCUGAGAGAUGUUUGCAAUAACUUCAACACACUUGGUGAGCGGAAGUUAAGAUUUAUAGAGUUUUUGACAGAAGAAGAGAUGACAAUACUAGAAGACUUUACAGAAACGGAGAAAAUUGACCAAGCUAAAGAAUCAGUCUAUGAAAUGUUUUUCAGAAACACAAAAACUGCACCAUCAAAGACAGCCCUUGUACACAAAGGAAAGAAGUUUACUUACAGUGAUAUAUUGGAUCUAUCAGAUGGCAUAGCAUUACAAAUAUUAAACUGCGUUGACUUUAACCGUAUUGAAGCCCAACCCAUACUAUUACUGAUGGAGAAAAACGAGAUUGCAAUAUCGGCUAUAUUUGCAAUUUGGAAACUUGGCGGAUUUUUCAUGCCUAUAUCAGUUCUGCAUGUACCUUCAAUAACAGAAGCAAUAGAAAAGGCCAAUCCAUGCCUUAUUCUAUUGAACGACGAUCGAUUUGAGAAAGAAGCCUCGAAUUCAAAAUGUAAUAUAGUAUGCCUGAAAAAGAGUUUGGGUCGUUCAGUGUCAGCGUUUCACGCUUACAAGCAACCGUUUGAUCGUGAUUUAAGAAAGCCCGCAUACUUGAUUCAGACGUCUGGGUCAACUGGAAAACCCAAACAUAUCAAGAUUUCACAGAUGAGUUUAUCUAUUGUUGCUGCAGCUUGGAUAAACGUGUAUGAGCUUCAAACGACUGACGUAAAUGUCUUGCAAUGGGCGCCGUUGUCUUUUGAUGUCUUUAUAGGAGAUAUUGUCAGAGGUAUGUGUGGCACAGCAGGAAAAGUUUGUAUCUGUCCUGAAGAAAAUCGCCUUGAAAUAGACUACAUAAAGGAUAUGAUAAAAACAGAGCAGAUAACAUUGGCAGAAUUUACGCCUCAAUUUUCAUUGACUCUUGUAGAACAUUCAAAUGCGGAAGAAUUAAAUUCUUUGAAGAUAUUGAUUUUAGGAUCUGAUGUCCUUCAAACGGAGGUUUAUAAAAAAGUAAAAAAUUGUCUACAUAGAGACCAACGCCUCUUAAAUAGUUAUGGAAUGUCAGAAGCUACCAUUGACUCCUCUUAUUUUGAGGGAGAAAAUUUACCAAUCACAAGAGGAGGAACAGUACCUAUUGGAAAACCGCUUCCUGGAGUCAGAAUGAAAGUUCUUGAGCCUGAAACGCUUCGGCCAUGCCCUGUUGGAACGUUGGGUGAAUUGUUUAUUGGUGGUCGUGUUCUAGGGUCUGGUGACACUGACGUCGUAACGCUUCCUUCAGGUGAAGUGAUGCUUAAAACCAACGAUCGUGCGUGUUGGCUUCCAUCAGGAGAUUUAGAACUUUUUGGACGACUGAAUUCCGUAUGUAAACUAAGAGGCUUCCGCAUUUGUACAACAGAAAUCGAAAAUACCAUUUUGAUGACCUGUAGCUUUGUAGGAGAAGUUACUGUGGCCGUUCUCACGACUGGAAGAAAUGGAAGCGAAAUGCAGCUCCUCUGUGCGUUUGUUGUGUUGGAAAAUCGUCAAGAGCUGACUGAUACCGGUAAACGGAAGAUAGUUCAGUCCGUAAAGGCCCGGCAUCCAUAUUACAUGGUGCCUGAUUUGAUCACAGCUGUUGAUAGGAUUCCUUUAACUACUAAUGGAAAAGUAAAUCAUACCGCUUUACCAUCGGUAGUGGAUUUAUUACACAGUCCAAACACUGAUGAAGAGACUGAACUUUCGGAAACUGUCGUCAUUUUGAGGCAAAUAUUUGCUGACAUACUGGGACUGGAUUCCUCACUGGUAGACACCAGACGUACAUUUUUUGAACAAGGGGGCAAUUCUUUGCUACUUGUGCAGUUUCAUUCACUGAUUAAACGGAAAACAGAUUAUGACAUUUCACUAGCAGAUAUAUUUUCGUAUCCAUCAUUGAAAAGCCUUGCUGAUUCCAUAGAAGACAAAAUGACACAAACGAAGAACUUAAACAACGACACUUAAACUAUGAAAUUCAACAUUCGAUUUUAGGAGUUGGUCUUAGAACACUAUCUAUAUUUUGGAAGGUAUGUAAAUAAAAAAGACAUGUAGCAGGCCGUUUUGCACUGAAUAUAAGCAAGAGGUUUUGAACUGUUUUCCACAUUGUUCGCUUUUAGAGAACUCAGAACUCGUUAGACUUGACUUUUCUAUACAUUAUAGACUAGUUCCUCAUAAAAUAAAAUUGAAAGAUGUUGGUAUUUCAUGACUUUUAGUUCUUUCAGUGUAACAUAUUUUAUUGAACUGUAUUGACAGGAUUUUUCUUGAUGAAAAUUUUCUUAUUUAAUAAAGUUUGUUUGAACAAGCAAUAACUUAAGACCGGAUAUGAAAUGUUAGUGUUACAAUCAGUUAAAGAAGUACUGCUUGUUUUAUGAAGAUAAAUGUUAUCAGCACUACGUCAAUACAUCAGCAUUUAAUAUUACCAACAACAAACAUGUCUUUUUUCAUGCUUUUUUUCUUUUCUUUUCAUUUCUUUGCUAUGCUGUUUAUUUUUUCAAGUUAGGCUGAACUUUUCUCAUACCCUUUGUAUCUUUAAGUUAAGUUUUGAAGUUUCAAACAACUGAAUGACUCUAAUUUAUCUACCUACCAAGGGAACGACCUGACUGUAAAUCAUUACAGGGCAAAUUUAUUCAAAAUUCAUUUUAAUAAUAGCAUUUACCUGCAUUUCAAAACAUCAAUACCGGUAUAUGAUUUAUGUUUGCAUGUUUUCAUUGUAUGUUUUAGUUCUGUUAUGUCAUGUAUGAAAAUAGGUCAUCUUAUGUAUAGAUAUACACUGAAACGCUUAUAAAAUCGCAAUUUUGUUUGAAGCCAAUAUUUAAAGUAAACUGUAUAAUAACAAGAUAGUUUUCAGGCCUAUUACGUACGGCGUUUUAAGUUUAAUUUGAAAUCAGUCCUGUGUGAAAGUGUAUUCGUGAUUUAACGGUAAAACUACCGUUUUUGCGAUCAAUCUGCGACGCAUUAGAAGUUAUAUAUGCAGUUGAUAUGAGAAAAAAAAUCUUUUACAACUGCCGAACCAGAAAAAGCUUUUCAUUCAAACAUAUACUAUACGUAUCAUUCACUGAAAUAGUUCAUCAUUUCUUAUCAAAUAUAUAUUGCUAAAUACAAAGCUCACUGUGUAUGUAGGGCUACAUCUUAAUGUUAUAAUAGUCGUAAAUUAAAAAAGAUGUCAUUGUUUAGUAGAAGUAAAAAUUCAUACUAUGGUUAAAUACACAAGAAAAGUUACUGGCGUUUGCUGAUCUGACUAGAUUAUCAAUUGAAAGCUGUUAUUUUAACGAAUUGUGUGCCAUUUUGUGAUUUUAAUACAGAAACGUGAAAAGAUGAUGUUACUUCAUGAAGCAACGAUGCCGUACAUUGCUAAUUCCGGACAUAAAAUUUUAUCAAAAACUUUUCUUCAAACUGAUGUUAUUGUGCGUUUCUCAAGCAUUUCAGUGCACUGUAUUCAUUUAUUUGAAGUAUUAACUCCGACUAAAUCAAAGUCAUUUAUGACAGGCAAUUUAUUGAAUGUUCAUUUUUAAUACUGAGAUGCAUUUACUGUAAACAAAGGAGUUAACACCAUCGCUUUCUUUCAAGUGUUACAAUUUUAAUGGAAUUUGUUAUGACUUAUGAGUUAAUAUUUUUGUCGUUCAUUUAAUAUUUCUUCUGAUCUGUGUUCCUUACCUGACUGUAUGUUAAUAUCUAUGAAUGUACUUUGAUGUAUUUACAUAUAGAUCUAUAUGCAAACUGAUUACUGGAACCUACAUUUAACCAGUUCACUGAUUUUGUUAUUAGUUUUAUUUUUAUCACAUUUUUUCACAAGUAUCAGAAAAUACAAGUACGUAAAGACUGGUAACUUGCCGGAUAAGACAUUCUAAUAUGCUUGUCUCUGUUAAAACACUCUUACACUAAAAUGACAUCACGUUAACGUGCGGUGACGUCAAAGCUUUUGUUGCGACCAAGAACGUGCGCUUCUAUAUUUUAUCUUCUGUUUAAGAUUAAUGGCAUAUUAAGAAUCGAAACACUUUAUAGCAAAAGAGUGUUUUAACACUUUUUAUACACUCGGGCGAUAAUAGGUCGUACAAAUAAUUUCACUCGGGCUAUGCCCUCGUGCAAUUAUUACGCCCGACGUAUAACCGCCCAUCGUGCAUAAAUUAUAUAUUUUUGCUAUUACUGUAAACAAAGGGGUAAAAGUAUUUUUAAUAUCACCAUCAUACAUCUCUUUCUUGUAACUGUUACAUGUACAUUUUUUUAUAGAAUUUGUGAUGACUUAUGAGUUAAUAUUUUUGUCGUUAGUUUAAUAUUUUUUCUGAUCUUACAUAUAUACAUGUAUAUGUUCGCAGCGUUGCUUUCAUUUGUUUAUGUGACUGUAUGUUGAUAUUUAUAAAUUUAGUUUAAUGUAUUCACAUAUAUAUGCAAACUGAUAAAUUACGAAAUUAAAUACGAACACCUA